AAAGAUUAAACCUUAUACACCUAAAUACGAUCAUUAAAUAUAUAUUCUUAUACUUAUUAUUCAAAGAUUUUAAUCAAUCAAUACAUCAAUCAAUUUAACAAUCAACCGAGCGAUUUACAUCAAUUUGUUAAAAACUACUUCAAAGAAAUACCUACAAACAUACUCAGACGCUGCUGUGGAUCGGUCGAAGCAUAAAUCAGCAAACAAUAAACCAUCAAGUAUUAUUAGCAACUAAAACGAACUCAGACUCGGAAUCAGCCUCAGAACUCUCAGCACGAGAUCAUCAAACUUAACUCAACGCAACUCAGUCGAACUCAUCUCAUCGUCAACGGAAGUAGCCUCAACCAGAAUACAACAGAUAUAUUUAGACAUAUGGUAAUGAUCAAGCAACUGUGGGCAGGUAUAUAGGAACAACGCUAAGAUAAACGUAAGGACUAAGGACAACAACAAAUUCUCUAGGAUACAAUAGAAUACAAGAAAAUACAAGCAACAAAAAAAAAAAAACUAAAAACAAGAAAAGGACAACUUUUUCAUGCAACUUUGAAGGCUGACAAAACUAAUAUUUUGAUAAUCCAAAGCAGAAGCGAACAAACAAAUUACAAAUUACCACAAAAAAAAACAGCAACAACAACAACAGCGUAAAGAAGAAGAGACUGAUUUUAAAAAUAAAGGAGCAAGCAGAGGAAGGGAUAAAAAGCAGCAGAAGUGAGGCAAAAGUGAUUCAGGAUCAAAUCCAAACAAAAACAAACAACAAAACAACAAAACAAACAAAAAAAACAAGCAACAAAAGCAACUUUCCAUACAACAUAUUUAGAUAAUAUCUAAGACAGAUUGAUAUUUUUGUGCGAUUAUCCCUAUUUUGAUAUAUCAUGUUGAAGAAACUCAAAUGCAUGGAAGCGGUCCAGGCAGCCGCGGCUGCAGCAUCAUCAUCGGGAGGAUCCGGAAGUGGUUCGAGUUCCGCCGCGAAGCUGAUCAAGACCGAACCCAUUGACUUCGAGAUGCUGCAUCUGGAGGAGAACGAGCGGCUGGGUGACUUGGAAAGGGAGCCCAGUAGCAGUAACACCUUGACCCCGCAGCGAUACACCCACGUGCAGGUGCAGACCGUGCCACCACGCCAGCCCACGGGUCUGACCACGCCCGGCGGCACCCAGAAGGUCAUCCUGACCCCUCGCGUGGAGUAUGUCCAGCAGCGAGCCACCAGCUCCACGGGCGGCGGUGUCAAGCACAUAUACGGCCAGCAACAGGUGGGCUCACGAUCUGCACCACCCGAAGCCACUGCUCUGCUGACCACCUCCUCGGGCACGCCCCAGAUCAUCAUCACCCGAACCCUACCCUCCAGUCAGCACUUGUCGCGUCGCCAUUCGGCCAGUCCCUCGGCCCUGCACCACUAUCACCAGCAGCAACAACAACAACAACAGCAGCAGCAGCAGCAACCACAGCGACAACAGCAAUCGCCACCACCGCUGCACCACCAGCAACAGCAGCAGCAACAUGUCCGCGUGAUCCGCGAUGGCCGCCUGUACGAUGAAACCACUGUGGUGGUGGCAGCACGCAGACAUUCGGUAUCGCCACCACCACUGCACCACCAUUCCAGGUCGGCGCCUGUGUCCCCGGUGAUCGCCAGGCGGGGUGCUGCCGCUUAUAUGGAACAGCAAUAUCAGCAAAGGCAGACGCCACCGCUGGCACCACCGCCGCCGCCUCCGCCACCACCGCCUCCACCACCGCCACCCCAACAACAACAACAACAGCAGCAGCAGCAGCAAUACAUCUCCAGUGGUGUUGCACCACCCACGGCAGCGGCUCGCAAGUUUGUGGUUAGCACCAGCACGCGACACGUGAACGUGAUUGCCGCGAAUCAGUUUCAACAGCAACAUCAAUCGCAGCAGCAUCAGCAACAUCAGUCGCAUCAGCAACAUGUGAUUGCUAGCGUUAGUUCUAGUAGUAGCUCCUUGGGAUCAGCCGGCUCUUCUUCUUCGCACAUCUUUCGCACGCCCGUGGUAUCAAGCAGCAGCAGCAGCAGCAGUGCCAACAGCAACAACAUUGGGCACAGCAGCAACAUGCAUCACCAGCAGCAACAGCAGCAGCAUCAAUCGAACCUGGGCAACUCGGUGAUGCGGCCACCACCGCCGCCGCCUCCGCCCAAGGUCAAACACGCCUCCAGCUCCAACAACAGCAAUUCAAGCAGCAACAACCACAACAACAACAACAACGGCAGCAGCAGCAACAGCAAUGGCGAGGAGCCGUCUAGCUCGAUUCCAGAUCUAGAAUUCGAUGGCACCACGGUGCUGUGCCGUGUUUGCGGGGACAAGGCCUCCGGUUUCCACUACGGUGUGCAUUCCUGCGAGGGUUGCAAGGGCUUCUUCCGUCGCUCCAUCCAGCAAAAGAUCCAGUAUCGCCCCUGCACCAAAAAUCAACAGUGCAGCAUUCUGCGCAUCAAUCGCAAUCGCUGUCAAUAUUGCCGCCUGAAAAAGUGCAUUGCCGUGGGCAUGAGUCGCGAUGCUGUGCGUUUUGGACGCGUGCCGAAGCGCGAAAAGGCGCGUAUCCUGGCGGCCAUGCAGCAGAGCACCCAGAAUCGCGGUCAGCAAAGAGCCCUAGCCACCGAGCUGGACGACCAGCCACGCCUCCUCGCCGCCGUGCUGCGCGCCCACCUCGAGACCUGCGAGUUCACCAAGGAGAAGGUCUCGGCGAUGCGGCAGCGGGCGCGGGAUUGCCCCUCCUACUCCAUGCCCACACUUUUGGCCUGUCCAUUGAACCCCGCCCCUGAGCUGCAAUCGGAGCAGGAGUUCUCGCAGCGUUUCGCCCACGUGAUUCGCGGCGUGAUCGACUUUGCCGGCAUGAUUCCCGGCUUCCAGCUGCUCACCCAGGACGACAAGUUCACGCUCCUGAAGGCCGGACUCUUCGAUGCACUGUUUGUGCGCCUGAUCUGCAUGUUUGACUCCUCGAUCAACUCGAUCAUUUGCCUCAAUGGCCAGGUGAUGCGACGGGAUGCGAUCCAGAAUGGCGCCAAUGCCCGCUUCCUGGUGGACUCCACCUUUAACUUUGCGGAGCGCAUGAACUCGAUGAAUCUGACGGACGCCGAGAUCGGUCUAUUCUGCGCCAUUGUGCUAAUCACACCGGAUCGCCCCGGUCUGCGCAACUUGGAGCUGAUCGAGAAGAUGUACUCGCGCCUCAAGGGCUGCCUGCAGUACAUUGUGGCCCAGAACAGGCCCGAUCAGCCCGAGUUCCUCGCCAAGUUGCUGGAAACGAUGCCCGAUUUGCGCACCCUGAGCACCCUGCACACCGAGAAGCUGGUCGUAUUCCGCACCGAGCACAAGGAACUGCUGCGCCAGCAGAUGUGGUCCAUGGAGGACGGCAACAACAGCGAUGGCCAGCAGAAUAAGUCGCCCUCGGGCAGCUGGGCGGAUGCCAUGGACGUGGAGGCGGCCAAGAGUCCGCUGGGCUCGGUGUCGAGCAGUGAAUCGGCCGACCUGGACUAUGGCAGUCCGAGUAGCUCGCAGCCGCAGGGCGUGUCCCUGCCCUCGCCGCCGCAGCAACAGCCCUCGGCCCUGGCCAGUUCGGCUCCCCUGCUGGCGGCCACCCUCUCCGGUGGAUGCCCACUGAGGAACCGGGCCAAUUCCGGUUCCAGCGGUGACUCUGGCGCUGCCGACAUGGACAUUGUCGGCUCGCAUGCACAUCUCACCCAGAAUGGGCUGACAAUUACGCCGAUUGUGCGACACCACCAGCAGCAGCAACACCAGCAACAUCAGCACCAACAGCAACAGCAGCAGCAGCAACACCACCCGCAGCAGCAACAGCAACAGCAGCAGAUGCACCACCAGCAGCACCCACAAUUGCACCACCAUUUGACAGCCGGAGCAGCCCGCUACAGGAAGCUGGACUCGCCCACGGAUUCGGGCAUUGAGUCGGGCAACGAGAAGAACGAAUGCAAGGCGGUAAGCUCGGGCGGCAGCUCCUCGUGCUCCAGUCCGCGGUCCAGUGUGGACGACGCGCUGGACUGCAGCGAUGCGUCCGGCGGCAAUCAGGCCCAGAUGGUGCAACAUCCCCAGCUGAGUGUGGUGGCUGUGUCGCCGGUCCGCUCGCCCCAGCCCUCGAGCAGCGGCCAUCUGAAGCGGCAGAUUGUGGAGGAUAUGCCGGUGCUGAAGCGUGUGCUGCAGGCGCCGCCACUGUACGACACCAACUCGCUGAUGGACGAGGCCUACAAGCCGCACAAGAAGUUCCGCGCCCUGAGGCAUCGCGAAUUCGAGACCGCCGAGGCCGAUGCCAGCAGUUCCACCUCCGGUUCGAAUAGCCUGAGUGCCGGCAGUCCGCGCCAGAGUCCCACGCCCAACAGCGUGGCCACGCCGCCGCCGCCGCCGUCAACCUCGGUGAUCGGCGCUGGCGCUGCGGCCGGCGGACUGGGAAAUCCCGCCCAGAGCCAACUGCACAUGCACCUGACGCGCAGCAGUCCCAAGGCCUCGAUGGCCAGCUCGCACUCGGUGCUGGCCAAAUCGCUGAUGGCCGAGCCGCGCAUGACGCCCGAGCAGAUGAAGCGCAGCGACAUCAUCCAGAACUACUUGAAGCGCGAGAACAGCACGGCGGCCAGCAGCACCACCAACGGAGUGGGCAACCGCAGUCCCAGCAGCAGCUCGACGCCCCCGCCGACGGUGGGCCAGACGCCGGCGCAGCAGCGUUGGGGCAGUAGCUCGGUGAUCACCACCACCUGCCAACAGCGCCAGCAGUCCGUCUCGCCGCACAGCAACGGCAGCAGCUCCAGUUCGAGCUCCAGCUCCAGCUCCAGUUCGUCCUCCUCCUCCACAUCCUCCAACUGCAGCUCCAGUUCGGCCGGCAGCUGCCAGUAUUUCCAGUCGCCGCACUCGACGAGCAACGGCACCGGUGCACCGGCCAGCUCCAGUUCGGCAUCGAACGGAGCGGCCACUCCGCUGCUGGAGCUGCAGGUGGACAUCGCCGACUCGGCGCAGCCGCUCAAUCUGUCCAAGAAAUCGCCCACGCCGCCGCCCAGCAAGCUGCACGCCCUGGUGGCAGCCGCCAAUGCCGUUCAGCGGUAUCCCACACUGUCCGCCGAUGUGACGGUGACCGCCUCGAAUGGACCGCCGUCGGCGGCGGCGAGUCCGGCGCCCAGCAGCAGUCCGCCGGUGAGUGUGGGCUCCGGUUCGGGAUCCCGAUCACCCAAUCCGGUACUCACCACCGCCGUGCACAAGGUCAAGCUGGAGGCGUAAGAGCAAGUGGGAGUGGCAGUGGGAGUGGGAAAGGGAGAAGUGCGAGAGACAGAGACUGGGAGUGGCAGUUCAGCGAAGGCAAAGGUGAAGGCGAAGGCGAAGGAAGCAGGAGUUGAAUUAAAUUAUUUUACAUUUUAAUUGAGCCGUGUACAAAGUUUCAAAGCAAAACCAACAUGCAUGCAAUUUAAAAAAAAAAACUAAUAUUUAAAGCAACAACAAACAAAACAACUACAAGUUAUUAAUUUAAAACAAAACAAAAAACAAAACAAAACAAACAAACAAACAAAUAAAACCCAAGCUUGAAUGGUAUUACAAAAGAAAAAGAAAAACAGAAAAAAACAUAAAUAUAUUUUAGCAGUUAAACUUUAACGUAGCCAGCAACCAACACAAAAACAAAACAAGGCAGCGCUCUGAUUUUGCAUUGACUUUUCUUCAGCUGCUACCCACAAUGCCCCCUCACCAUCAAACACCCACCACCCCCCAAACCCCAAACCCCAAACCCCCUGUCUAUCGGCCCCUGAUUGUUUUAUAAGUUUUAAGCACUUGUUGUACAUAUUAAUUACGUUUAUGAGUAAACUAUGUUUAGCGCUUUAGUUGUAGGUGGAGCAAAACUACUUUGCUAUUUUGAAUGUUUUUUGAAAAAACUGCAAAUUAUUAUUAUUAAAUUUUUAAAAUACCUAAAAAACAAAAACAAUGUGUGUGAAAUUUUUUAAUGUGCGAUCUCCGAGCAGAAUUGAAGUGCAGUUUGCAACAAAUUUUAACUACGAUUAAGUUGAUAACGAUUCAUUUUUUAUGAAUUUAACUAAUUUUAUGAAUUUGUUAUAGUUUUCCACCCUUCUACGAUAUCAUCGAUUUUUCUGUCUGUCUAUCUAGCUAUCUAGCUCUAACUAUUCCUCAUUUCUCCUUUGGCACAAAGCUCUUCUCUAUGCUAAAGAAUCAAGUGGAAUAAAUAUUGUUUUCUAAUUUUAAAACUACCAGAAGAAAUACAAUUAAAAUAAACAUGAAAUGAAUGAAAAUCAAACAAAAUGCUUCAAGUUUUAGCAGCAAGCAGUAAGACGAUAAUGAAGCAGAGAAACCCAACGUUAAAUAUAUCUGUUGUGUACAUAGUUAAAUGUUAAAUUAAACACAAAAACAUAUUUAAAGUACAUAUAAAUACACAUAAUUAUUAAUGAAGAAACCUAUGCUUAAAAGAUUCAAUGUUUGAUUGGCAUCUUAGAAAACCAAGCAAAAAAUACAAAAAAAAAAAACAAACAGAAAUUAUGAUAUAUUAUUUAAACGUAAAGUAUACAUUUAUAUUACAGAAAAAAAACAAAAGAGAAAACUUGCGGUAGCAACAAAACUAUUAUAUUAAUUACACUUUAAUUAUGCUGUACUAUUAUGAUUAUUAAUUAUUAUUAUUAAUUAAUUACGAUUUUUAUGCUUAGACAAACCAACAACAAAAAACAAAGAUGCAAAAACAACAAAAAAAAAAACAAAAAACAAACAAAAAAUUACACUGGCGCAGAAAUUUGUAUUGUCAAUCAAUAAAAAAUUUGUUUAAAAAUUUCCAAAAAAAAA